GAAUGCGUUGCAAUUAAAAUUGACUGUAAUACAUAAAGAAAGCAAAAUAGACAGACAGAGAGAGAGAGAGAGAGAGAGAGAGAGAGAGAGAAAGAGAGAAAGAAACAUUUGACAUGAACAAAAAUAAUGAUUUGCAUCGGUGAUUCGAGCAAGGUAACGCCUUAUAUAGGGAAAAAAGAGUAAUAUCGAAAGACUCAUAAAAUCGACUACCUUCUUACUCCGUGCUUAUUGCUAUUGCUGCUAAGUAAAAGUGAAAUUUCUAGAGAGCGACAGCUUUCAACAACCAUGAUAGUAUGACCGUGAAGACCUUGCCGACUCUAGAUACUCUUUUAGAGGCAAGAAAGCGAGCGAACGAUACACGACGUGACUCAGAGGGUCGGCUUGCUGACAGAACGUUGGUGAAUGACGUCAGACGUUUUCCCCUACCUACCGCUCUGGAAGAAGUCAUCGUCGGAAUGGAUGAUCGAGUCGGACUUUGAAGGGAGAGAGAGAGAGAGAGAGAGAGAUAGAGAGAGAGUGAAACAGAGACAGAGAGAAAGAGAAAACGAACGUGCGGAGGGACAGAGGGACAGAGGAAUCGUUGUUAUACUCGGGGAACUCGUGGAACUCUGAUCGAGCAAGCAAUGCGGGUUCCCCCCGCAUGACAAACGCACUUCUAUUCAUCUCUCAUCUUUCUCUUUCUUUUAUCACGAUAACAUACUACGCUACGGAUUUCGCGGGGAAACGAAUGGGGCUUGGUGUCUCGUAACAGGUGUCGAAUAGCAUUGACCCUUGCUUAUACGACGUAUCUUUCAGACUAUUCGCUAGUUAUCGCUGAUAGAGGAAGAAAGAUAUACAUAGGGGGUUGAUGAUUAACUACGUGAACGUUGAAAGAAAUAAAAGUAAAGAAAUAAGAUUAUCGAAACGUGCCUCACUUAAAUGUAAAUAUUAUUGAAAAAGUACAGAUAUAGUGUGAAAGAAAAAGAGGGUGUGUGUGUGUGUGUGUGUGUGUGCAUGAGAGAGAAAGAGAGAGAGAGAGAGAGAAACGAAAAGUUGAUAACCACUGAUAUGACACGAUAGUUAGCCCAAACGCCGAUAGAUGUCGCCCAUGAUGCAUUCCUCGUCCCUUCUCAUCCACGUGGUAUGCAUAUGACGUUUGAUUUGAUGUGACAAAAAAACACGCGCACGCUGCUAGAGAGAUACGGUGGGAGUCCGUCCAUGGCUCUCGUUCGAGAGCUCGUGGCUUCUCUUGACGAUGUGGCAAAGAAAAACAUAGCAACAGUAAUAGUGAGCGCGCGUGCGCGCUUAAAUUCGAUCAUUUCGAUGAUAAAUUCCUCGUUGCUUGAUUUCAUUAUCGAAAUUGUAAAUUUGAAAAAAAGAAAAAAAAAAGAAAAUGGAAAAAGAAAAAAAACGAAGAAGAAGAAGAAGAAAAAAUUGAACAAAGAGAAAAGAAAUUCUGACAGGGAAAAAAGCCUUCAAAAUGACUAAGUCUCCUCCCAAUCGAUUCCUUGAAUUCUUUAGAAGAUCAGAAUCCAUGGUUACGCUGAGGGAUGAAAGAGCAGUAAAGCUGUUUGCUUGCUUACGCGAGAAACCUGUUCGCGAGUGGGCGCAAAUUUACGAGGAGACCUACAAGAGAUAUGCCAAAGGGAUGAUGAUGAUGAUGAUGAUGCUGCUGCUGCUCGUUCGCUUAUGUUGGUCGCAGGUGUUCAACGAGAAAUACGACAAGAAAAAGGUCCUAAAUAUGGUAUAUAGGUAUACCUGGAGUCCAGGUAGAAGAAAUAAGAAAUACCAAUCGUCCCUAGUCCGUGCUUUGCCACGAAAAGCCUCGAACGAAAAGCGACGAGGCUUGACGAGGGUCGGACGGAGGGCCAACCCAAGGGGAACUUUACCGAACGUUUCGUUUCGACCUGAGCACGUUUGCUAUAACGCUGCUGUUAUAGCAGGAACGUUCGAGCACAAGCAAGCAAGCAAGCAGGCAAGCAAGCAAGCAAGCAAGCAAGCAAGCAAGCAGGCAAGCAGGCAAGCAAACCAUAGUGGCACGCUACGCAGCAGCAGCGGUUCUCACGCUCGAAUCGAACGUUUUUGCUGUCAACGUGACGACAACAACUACAAAACGCCGAGGAUCCAAUACAGCGGCUAUGCCGCAGUUUGGAGCAAAAGCCUCGGAAACUUAACGUUUUCCACUUUCUUGUCUCACUUGGAAAAUCUAACGGAGGAUACAAAAUAGAAAUUGCAACUACUUUGGUAGUAACUAAUAAGGUACAUUAAAGCCGCUCGAGGAGAAAGUCGAGUCGCGAUGGUAGGAGAUCGCGAUUACGAUCUAGACGAGUGGCAGGCAAGCAAAACGGACAUGUUUUCUUUCGUCCCUACUUUCUGUGUGCUAUGCGGUGUAAGUAGUAGUAAUAUAAUAAAUAAUAGAUCGAGAGAACUUACGGAUCAAAAUUUGAAAGAUUUGUUAAAUAAAUGAAAUCUCUUAUAUGUGAAAGAAACUUUCUCUUUGUGAUAUAAUGUUUAUUGUCUUAUAGAUAGGUUAUCAGUUUUCUCUCUCUCUCUCUCUCUCUCUCUCUCUCUCUCUCUC